GGAAAAGGUUGCAUUUUAUUUGAAUACAGAGGGAGGACACGCGAGUUUUCUCUCUUUUUCUUAGCGAAAAUGUAUAGACAAAAGGCAGCUUAUAUUGAAUCUUUUCUUCAAAAAAUAAAAAAGAACAGCCAAGAAGAACGUGGAAAACCUUUAGCAGCUUUAUUUGCUUAUAGUGGAAAACAUGUUGAUCAGCUCGUGUUUCAUAACCUUCGACCACAGGAAUUACAAGAAUUAAUAAAUAGAGCACAGCUUGAAUCCCCUUGGAAUGAUAUAGCCUUACACCAUAUUCGAACUGCAAUUAAUUUAGACCAAGAAGAUUAUGAAGAAGCAUUCUUGUCACAGAAAGAACUUGUUCAAUCUUUUCAAAGAAACAUGCCCAACUUUACUCGAUGGGUAUUACCAGUGCUUUAUGUAUUCAACAACGACUUGCGUUUGAUUGCAACAAGAGCAGAUCAAGAUAAAGAAGCAGAAGAGGGACAACGAAGAAAAUUAGAAGAGGCUGCUAAUGUCAUUAGUAAAUCUUUUACGGGUUGUAUUACAGAUAGAGGUGUCAUGUCUUUAUCUAAAAAAUAUGGUACAUAUCGAAUGAUUGGGAUGUUGUUUAGAAUCUAUUUCAAGUUGAAACAACAAAACCUUUGUAAAAAUAUCCUUCGUGCUGUAAAAGCAGCAGAUAUGCCACCUAUCGAACAGUUUCCAAAGAGUGAUCGAGUGACAUUUAGAUAUUAUUUGGGAAGACUUUAUUUCCUUGAAGAGGAUUAUGCAAAGGCAGAGAAUGAGCUAAAUCUUGCUUUUAGAGAAUGUACUAAUCGUCACGUCAAGAACAAAGAACUUAUACUGCAAACAUUAUUGCCUAUUAAACUAAUGAAAGGAGUGCUGCCUACUCAAGCUUUAUUUUCUCAGUUCCCUGAAGCUAGACAUAUUUACAGUGAUUUAGCUGCAGCCAUGAAAAAAGGCUAUGUCAAGGCAUUUAACGAGGCUUUAAGCAAGUCAGAGCCAACCUUGAUCAGACAACGUACUUACUUUGCUGUAGAAAAGGCUGAAAAUAUCGCUAUUCGUCAGCUAUUUAGAAAAGUAUAUUUGCUUAUGGGUCAAAACACAAGGUUGCCUAUUGGAAAGUUCAAACAAGCGCUGGACUUUGAAGGAAUGAAUGUUGAUAUAGAAGAGGCAGAAUGGAUGCUGGCAAAUAUGAUUUACAAGGGAUAUAUGAAGGGCUAUUUAUCGCAUGAAAAGAUGUUUCUUGUGCUGAGUAAAGAUAAUCCUUUUCCUUCCGUUGGCCAGGUAUCCAAUCAGCCAUAAAGCACAUUCUGUACUUUGUAACAAUAAACAGAUAUAACAGUUGCAAAAAAACAACAACAAAAAACAAUCCAAUUCAAACGCUUGCUUCUAUCAAUUCUAGUUUAAUAUAUUGUAUUCUUGGUAAAAACGUUUUAAAUGAGAAUAAUUAUAGUCUAUCGAUG